GAUUUAAAAUAUUGCGUGCGAUCAAGAAGUCGGCAUGAAUCGUCUCGUGCGGCGCAUGUUACGUAUACACAUACACACACGCACACAACAUCUCUCUCACAUGCCUGCCGUCCUCACGUGCUUCACCGCCUCACACGUGCUACGAAUCAGCUGUUAAUCGCGACGCACCACCAUCCGAUACGAAUCCCGCCGAGGCCGAUGUUGGCAACGUGGAUCAUUACUGUCAUCCGCGAGCGCUCGGAUGACAGCUCGAAUUUUAGAGAAUCUUCGCGAUUCUUGGCACGAGAAAUCGCGCGGCGGCGACAGCGGCAGAGAGUUGGUGAUAGUGAUGGUGGUGGUCUGGUGGUGGUGGUGGUGGUGGUGGUGGUGGUGAUGGUGGUGGUGAUGACGGUGACGGUGGUGGUGUGAGAACGCGAUUUCGGGAAUUUAACGUCGCACGCGGAACCGGGAGGUGGGAGAGACCGCCGAGGUGCUAUGAGAAGGCCAUCGGGAAAGGAAGAAGGUGAAAGUGAAAGAGCCUUUUGUCACGGCGACAGCGGUGCGAGAAUCAUGGCUGCAUAACCUAAAAAUAAAAUCUCUCAAAGUCUGCGUGGUUGCGCGAUAUCUGUCGCCGUCCUAGAGAUAGAGUUGUCCUUGUCGCGCACACGCUGUGCUGUUCGGAGCUGUUGACGUCUCUCGACAUGAGACGGUCGCGGACGUGUCGGCUGAGCGACGAAUGACUUCGCGGAAGGCCCGACAGCAGCAUAUAGAAAAUAUGGAGACCACGAGCGGCAGCAACGAGGCGGGCGGCGAGCAGCAGGCCACUCCUGACAGCACGGUACCGCGGAAAGCCUGGUCCGAGCUCCGCACCGUUGUCAGCGAUCUCAGGAGGAAGUUAUCCGGCGUGUCCGCUGGUUCUGUGCCCGGGUCUAUAACUUUUCGUUCACUACCGGACGGCCGAACUAGAAUCUAUUUUCUCAGUACUCCAAGUAAUGGAUGGGAGACCACACUUCUGUAUGUCGACAUCGCACAUGCAGAUCAUGCUAAUGGCUAUCGUCUACAUUGGCAGCCCGUUAUAGAAGCAAAUUUUCAAAGCGUAUCAAGCACAAACAGACUGUCGAAGGAGGAACAAUUGUUGUGGGAGAGAAAGAGGCUCGCUACAUGGGGCAUAACUAGUUAUGAGAUCCAUGCGGAGAGUGGAAAAUUAGUCUUUCCAGCUGCUAGCAGUCUUUAUCAAUGUGUGGACACUGGAUUCAUGCCUGGACCACUCUUUCCAUCAGAAAUCAGAAUGUCGACCACUGGAGCAAAAUUAUGUCCUCAAAUCUGUCCCUGGAACAAUGCAUUGAUCGCUCACACAUGUUCUGGAGAUCUAUAUCUAUCACACAGCAUCACAGGCUCCUCAGUACGAUUGACUCAUGCUAAGAAAGGUGGUAGGAGUCUCGUGGAUGAUCCACUUUCGGCCGGUACUCCUUCUUAUGUCAUGCAGGAAGAAUUUACAAGAUAUAUCGGUUACUGGUGGCAGCCAAAAUCCAUGUACGACGGUAUCUAUAGAAUAGUGUACGAAGAAGUGGACGAGAAUGACGUCAAGAUAUAUUGCUUCCCUUCGGCGAAUUCCUAUGAAGUAGACGAGUUUAGAUUUCCUAGAGCAGGUAUGCCGAAUGCUAGGAGUAACUUGAAAAUGGUGCAGUUCCGCUUGACGGAAUCGUUGCAAAUCAUCGAUAUAGAAAUAUUAGAGCUUCAGUAUCCUCUUCACAUAAUGUUCCCUUGGAUGGAGUACAUGGUGAGAGUUGGAUGGACUCCCGACGCUCAAUACGUCUGGGUACAACUGCUAGACAGGAAGCAACAGAAACUCGAAUUAGUUCUGUUGUCGAUAGACAACUUUUGCGAACCGCCACCCAACACGUAUAAUACGGAAAACCAUUUUACGCCCGCGUCAGCGAGUGUUCAAGUGAUAUAUUCGGAACAGAAUCCGACUUGGAUCAACGUGAAUGAUCUCUUGUACUUUCUGAAGUCCGACGACGCAAACGAAGUCAAAUUUAUCUGGGGUAGUGAGGAAUCCGAGUUUCGACAUUUAUAUCUUAUAACAUCCAGUAUAGCAGGCUUGAGUAAUGGUGUGGAAGAGUCUUUGGACAGAAUGGACAGCAUAUUUCUUCGACCACGUAUCACUUCCAAGGUGGCCUUGACACAGGGCGAUUGGGAAGUGCUGGGGAAGAAAAUCUGGGUCGACGAAGUCAAUUCCAUCGUGUAUUUUUGCGGAUUGCGAGAAGGACCGUUAGAGCAACACGUUUACGCAGUUUCCCUGCGACGACCGUUAGAGAUACGUCUCUUGACCCGACCAGGUUACAGUUACAACAGUGUAUAUUUUAAUAAAGAGUGCACAAUGUUGGUCACCGUUUAUAGUUCGAUUAAAACGCUGCCCACUUGUCAAGUAUUUAAAAUAUUGCAAACCGACUGGACGGUCGAAAGUAUAUCGCUCACACCUGUAGGCUACCUUCUAGAACCAUCGGCGCCUGAAUCCGAGUUGUUCGCACCAGAGAUUUUUACACAUAAAAUAAAAUCAGGCGAUACGAUCUAUUCGAUGAUAUUCAAGCCUCAUAAUUUCCAACCCGGAGUCAAAUAUCCUACAAUAUUGAACAUUUACGGAGGACCCGAAGUUCAACUCGUAUCAAAUACAUUUAAAGGCUUAAGGCAUUUACGAAUGCACAUGCUAGCUGCUCAAGGCUAUUGUGUAGUUUUAAUCGAUUCUCGUGGAUCACAGCAUAGAGGUCUGAUAUUCGAAAGUCACUUACGACGUAGAAUGGGAACGGUAGAGCUGAACGAUCAAGUUGAAGUGUUGAGAUGGCUAGCAGAAACUACGGGAUAUAUAGAUCUGAAUCGUGUGGCUCUUCACGGCUGGUCUUACGGUGGCUACUUAAGUCUAAUGGGUCUGAUACAGUAUCCCGACGUAUUCAAGCUGGCCAUUGCUGGUGCUCCGGUUACUUCGUGGAAUUUUUACGAUACCGGAUAUACUGAGCGUUACAUGGAUUUGCCACAAAACAAUCUUCACGGUUACAUGGCCGGAUCAAUCCUGACAUAUGUGAACAAAUUCCCCGACGAAGAGAAUCGAUUGUUAAUUAUUCAUGGUCUCAUAGACGAGAAUGUACAUUUCUAUCACACCAGCCAGCUGAUUAACGCCCUCGUGAAAAUCGGCAAACCGUAUCAGUUACAGGUUUACCCUAACGAGAGGCACAGUCUGAGAAGUCUAGAUGCCAGCAAGCAUUAUGAGACAACCUUGCUGUCCUUUUUGCAAAAUCACUUAUGAACCAAUGUUCUUUUAUUUUUUUUGUCUUACAUUGUUCGGUAGUAGUCAUUCAAACGAGAGUUUACUGCCAUUCAUUUAUGUAAACACGCAGAAAACUUAAGACGGAAAGAUACUUUUAGAUAGUAAAGUAUCUGUAUUAAUUUCUGUACAAAAAAAAUGUGUGCCUCUAUGGGGCUUUUAAGAUAGUAUUACAUUUUCAAUGCAAAGGGUAUUCGCUAUCGCGCAAUAUGUGAAUUGCCGACAUAUUGCGUAUAAUUAAUACCAGGACGAACUUCUAGCAAGGAAUUUAUAAUGUGUGACUUACACAUGUGUAUCAACUAUGCAAAUUUUCAAUGGCAAUAUGGAAAUAUCAUGAAACACGCAUAAAACACAUUUCGAAAUAGCCAUUUUUAAUCAAUUAUUAUCGGGAUUAAUACGGUGAUAAUAUUGGUUACUUGUGACUAUUUUUGAGCAGAAUGAACAAUACUCAAUUUAUUGAAAUAGUUUACUAGAUAGAUUACUCUAGAGAUGCGUGUUUCUGUUUCGCGAUCAUUUCGCAAUAUAUGUUGAACCAUCAAACAUGAAUACCCCAACUGUGACUAUGUACAUAUAUCGUGCGUGAUCACAAUGCAUCACGUAUGUCUCUCUCAUCUUUCUACGGCGAAAAUCCGCGUUUUAACGUGAAAAAUAGUUGCGUUCUUCAAUGUUGUGAAAUAAUCGUAUAUCCGAUGGAUAAUUAUUUGUCAAUAAAUAAAUUCAUUAUUUUAUA